GCUAACAAUCUCGGUUCUCAGUCAGAUCGAUCCUCAAUAUCAUCCCUAGAACAGUUAUCAAAACAACCACAUAGAUUAAGUGCAAUGGGAAAAUAAGGUUAGAUGUGAAUGAUUAAUGGACCCAUUGAAUGUCGCGACGUACCGGCUGAAGAAUAGAACAAGUAUCAUUUUUUGAUGAUUAAGUGGGGCGAGUGAAGCGCAAUAGGGGCCACGAUGAAUAUAUGUAUACUUGCAAUGAGUGAGACAAACUAUUUUGGAGGGGAGAUAUGACUAUUAGGUUGCGAGAGACGAAAAAAACAAGAAGAAAAGAGAAGGGCGUGCAUUAAUACUUGGCACACUCGUUUUCGGUACUUGUCUAUUGCCAGCCCUGAUACUUGAUGCGCGCGCUUAGUGUCUUUUGUGGCGGGGAUUCUCCCGAAAGAGGGAGACUCUAAUAAUAUGAAGAUGGUUAUCAAUAAAAAAAAUUUUAAUUCCAUAAAAAAAUUAUCAAUUAUUUCAACAAUAAGUUUUAGUUAUUUUAAAAAUUCUGUAUAGAAAAGAAGCAAGAAAUUGUGAUGAUUUUAAAUGAUAUUUUAUUUUUGAGUGAGAUUGUAGACAAAUGAGUCAUGGAAUUGAAGAAGUGACGUUAGAGAAAACAUUUAGGGUAGAAAGUAAAAGUGAAUUUGACGAGGAAUGAGAAUUGGAGAUGCAAAGCGUGAGUGAGAAGAAGAAAAAAGAGCGCGGGAGGGAAGGUAACAUUUGUGAGAGGGGAUAAUGUAUAGUGCUUGAGACGUAGGGAGUUUUAGCAACGAGGAGAGGGCAACGAGAGUAGGAGGGAGGUGAAGCUAAAGCCGUCGACGGUUGAAAGCGCAUACCAUCCCAUAAUUCGGUGCGCCGCCCCGCAAUCAGGUUCGUAAAGAAGAGUAAAACGAGAAGGAAAGGCGGCCGCUGAUGUAAAGACUGACAAGGGAAUAUAAUAUGAUAAAACUGGAGUCAAAAGGAAAACUUGGGAUACUUGAAUUUUUGUGUUAAAAAAUGGAGUUAUAAAAAUCAACACAUUAAGGUAACACACCCAAGUGAAUAAAUCUCAGCAAGAGUUGAUUAAAUCCAAAAAGAUUAGAGCAAAAAUAUAUAGUGAGUUGAUGAAUUGAGUGAAGGUAAAGAAAAAUAAGAAAAAAAGUGAUAUUUGAGUUGAAGUGAGGUGCCAGUGUGGGCACAAUAGCACCUCUGGUACCCUCGGCCGUGGGUCCCGAGGGGGUGGACGCCAUGGCGGCCUCUUCGUCAUCCUCGAUUAGUGAGCAACAGUAUUCGCUCAGAUGGAAUGACUUCCACUCGAGCAUUCUCAGCUCCUUUCGACAUCUUCGCGAUGAAGAGGAUUUUGUCGAUGUUACACUAGCCUGUGACAGCAGCAGCUUCUACGCACACAAAGUCGUUUUGUCAGCAUGCAGCCCCUACUUCCGGAGACUUUUGAAGGCAAAUCCGUGCCAACAUCCAAUAGUAAUUCUCAGGGAUGUAGCAUCAUCAGAUAUGGAGUCCCUAUUAAGGUUUAUGUACCACGGGGAAGUCCAUGUAGGUCAGGAACAACUGGCUGCAUUCUUAAAAACUGCUCAAAUGCUUCAAGUUCGAGGCCUUGCGGAUGUUAACAGCAGUUCAGCAGGAUCAAAAUUACCUUCUGGAUCAAGUGGUCGCGAAAAUGAAUCACCAGUAACGUCAAGAAACACGUGGCACGAUCGAGGUGACCCAAGUGACAGUGGUCUUAGUCCACCACCUGAGAAAAGAUCUAAGAGCUACUCUCCACCCGUGGGAAAUCAUCUUGAACAUAAGGCUGAGCUUCAGGAGUCUCUUUUAGGUCAAGCCCUUGAAGGAGGUCCUACGAUACAUACAACACCAAGCAAUAACAUUCAGGCUCAAUCCACUGGAGAAGACUCUAACUCUGUGUCUGAUAAUGAUGAAGACAUAUCGAACAAUGACAGUAUCCUGAACUCUGUGAAAGCUGAGCCUAAUGAUAUUCUUAAUGACUCCAUGGAGCAUCAUCGUAACACAUUCCCUGCCGCUCUUUUAGGACUUCAAGGAUUAAUGCCAGGGCCUUCCGGAAUUCACGCAGCAAACCAGGAUCCAAAUUACGUUGCAAGACGAGGAUUGGACAUGAUGAGAGUACGAGCGACAGAUCCAAGACCGUGUCCGAAAUGUGGCAAAAUAUAUCGAUCAGCACACACCUUAAGAACACAUUUAGAAGAUAAACAUACUGUUUGUCCAGGUUAUCGGUGCGUUUUAUGUGGAACUGUAGCGAAAUCUCGUAAUUCUCUACACUCCCACAUGUCACGUCAGCACCGUGGUAUCAGUACUAAAGAUCUGCCAGUUUUACCGAUGCCAAGUCCAUUUGAUCCAGAAUUAGCAUCGCGAUUAUUAGCGAAAGCAGGGGUCAAAGUAAGUCCGGCUGAAUUGCGAGCACGUGCAAGUCCAACAGGUCCACGUAGGAAUGAUAUGAGAUUGGAGUUGCCAAGAGGAGGAGCACCAUCUGAAGCUGGAAGUUCUGUCUGUGGUGGUGAUGAUCCUGAAGACUUGACUUUACCUCUGAGUCUAAGGUAUGGCUCUCCAACGCCCAAUAAUAACACAGUUAUCACCAAGGUCAGUCAAAAUAACAAAGCUGCCACAGCUAUUGCUGCCAAGUCCAUGGAAUCGAUGCUAAAUCUACACAGUCGUGAGCCCAACACAGCACCACUACAUCCUAGUGGUCAUUUGUCAUUAACACAUCUAGCUCAUCUCAAUAGUGGUACUGGAUCUCCAGUUCUUGAUGCCUAUUUCAAAAUGAUUGUCGAGAGUGGUGGAUUCUCGAUGGGUCUAAAUCCAGAACAACAAGCAGUCAUCGAUGCAGCUCGUAAAGUAACACAAAUAGACAAAUUAGGAGGUCGUGGUAUUGAAGAUUAUCCAAUGAUUGGUCGAGAUGAAGGUCGUGAUGUCGUACAAGAUGACAGAAAUGAUCAAGAUAGGCAUGGUAAUGUUGAAGAAGACGAAGGUGAAUCUUCUAAUGGAGAAGAAGAGGAUUUCAGUGAAAAUGAAGAACCUGAAGCUUUGAAAGCUGAAUAAUUGAUAAAUUACAUUGAAAAUGGAAAUGACUAAAGCAAUUAGUAAUUUUAUUGAAGUCCAAUUGAAUACCAAGGGCUUUGCCAAUUGAACAGAAAAUCCAUCCACUACCUCAUAUAUAGCUCUAGAAUUUUUUUUUUCAAUUAUUGCCAAGCAGUUGAGAUAUAAAUGAUUAUAUUAAAUAGCAAAACUCGAUCCGAUUAAAUUAAGGAAGUAUGAUCUCCGAUCCUUCUUAUGAUCGAUUAUCACGUUUCAUAGCGAUUUAACCCUGAAACUAUUCCAUCCGUCUACCUCAGUGCACAUAAUAGAACAAUAGGACCAUAGAAUUAAUUAAAUAACAAGAGAAAAAAUAUUUCCAUUUUUUUGUUUUUAAAUAGAAAGAAAAUAUAUUUUGCAAUUGUUGCAACAAAAAAGAAUAAUAAAUAUGUAUUAAAAAAUAAGGAAGAAAUAUCUUUCUUCAAUCAAGAAGAGACAUAGGCAUAAAAAAAAAAAAGAAACGACGUUGGAAGUUAUGACAAAAAAAAGAGGUGCUUAAGAAAAAAAUAAUAACACACGAAAAAAAAUUGUUAAUCAUUUUGAAAUGAAAGUUUGAUUAUUAAUGACAUUAUUUUAAUUUUUGCCUCUAUUCGAAUGUUGAUAAAGAAAAAAUAAAUUAAUAUGUAUAGUGUAGUGAUAUGUAGUGAAUAUUGGUGUACCACAGGACAUACGUAUUCACAUGAGUCGUAAUAAUUCAUUUACUUUGGUAAAUGAAUAAAUAAGUUCGUCUGUUGUGUGUUUAUUUAAUGACUAAACCCACAUGAUGUUAUGGAUUUGUUUUAUUUCAAGAAAUAUCACGACAGAAUUAAAUAAGAUAUGGUUUAAGUCGAAUUUUAUUAAUAUUCUUUUAUUUUAUUAAAAAAAAAAUUAAAGAUUAAACGAUUUCGACUAUUGCUUAUGCGGCUCAAAUAUUUUUAAUGUUGACUAAUUUUUUUUAUUCGUUUUUUUACUUAAUUGAACGACAACUUUAAUCAAUUGCAACUUUGCAAACGUGAAUGUUCUUGCCAUAUUUUUACUUCUUUCUUUUUGUAUUGGCUUAUCAUUAUUAUAAUUAUAAAUAAUAUCAAAUAAUUCAUGCAAAGGAAAUAAAUAAAUUAAAUAAAUAAUUAUGAUAAUGAAUAAUACAAAAUUGAAUACGAAAAAAUAUGUUAAACAAAUUAUUAGAAAUAUUAAAGAGAAGAUUAUUAACAAGAGUGUUUUGCAAACAAUUAACAGAAUUAGAUUCAAGAAAAAUUUCUAAAAAAAAAAAUGAAAUGUGUAACCUCUACAAUUAAGAUUUAAAAAUUGUAUACAAAUACUUUGAGGUAUACUAGAUUUUAGAUUUAAGGAUUUACACGUUUAUGAGCAGUAAAUGAUGCUCAAUGGAAGAAUUUUUUUAUUAAAAAAUAAAUCAAGUCGAUAUGCGGUCUCGUGAGAACGGAAAUCACAAUUUGAGAGAAAAAAAAAAAGAAUAAAUUCCUGGCUGUGGAGUAUUUUUAUUUGUCAAAGUAAAUGAUUUUUGAUAAUUAAAAAUAGUUAAAUAUUUUAAAAAAUAAUGAUCAAUAUUAAUGUAUACGAAAUGGAAAAACCUUUAUAUAUAAAAACGUAUACGAUUUGUAAUUAGUAUGUAAAAAAAAAAUGAGGAGAAUUAUUAGUAAAAAAUUAGUACAAAAUUAAAAAUUUGUACGGUAGAUAAAUAAUUUUUACUCUGGUUAUAAUUAAUUAAGAAGAAGUAUCCACAGCAGGAACGAAAGAAAGUCAUUGAUACAAAUUUUAUGAAUGGAAAAAGCGAAAAAUAAAAAUAAAACAAAAAAUAGGAAACAUUAUGAAUAAAAAAAAAAUAAUAAUCAGGUCUAAUUGGGUACAAAAAUACCAAUUCUUGCCUUGAAGCUCUCUAAUAUCUAUUUUUAUCUAUAAAACGAUAAAUAAUAAAAAACGGAAAUGAUUAUUUCAAAAAAGAAAUUCACUUCUAGAGUACAAAUUUUCAUGAGAAAUAUUGAAGAGUUGUAGAAGAAAAAUUUUAACAUAUUUAUCAGCAGUGGAAAUAAUUAUAACAGUGACCAAAAAACUCAAUGAAAGAAAUUCAUCAAACAAUUAAUUGCGAGAAUGGAAAGUAAUUUUAAUAAACAAUGACCGCAGUUUGAACAAAAAAAAACAAGGAUAUAAAAAUCCUUAUUACUAUUUUUAAUCUAAAUCCGUUAAACAGAUUUUUUUUCAAGUUGUGUAGAAUAAAAUGAAGUAAAUAAGCAUAUUUUUUCACAUACAAAUAAUUAUAAAAAAAAAUACAAUAAUUCACGAGUAAAAGCGAAAAUCGAAUUGUCACGCCUCUUUAUCAGAAUACUUUGAUUAAUAAUAAUUAUAAUAAUAAAAUAUAAAUCAUCUUGUCUUACCAACUUGUCAUAGUAUGCAAUAGUCAGUUUCAAUUAUACAUAAAACAGAGUUUACAGUAUUGCAAUAGAUUUAUUAUAUAGAAUUUUUUGCGCAGGAUUAAUAAGAAAUCGUUCAAAUUUAUUUCCAAUUCUUCAACAAUGGUACUUACACAGUUGUCUGAAAAUAAUUCAACAAAAAUGAUUACUACCAUUACUCAUAUAAACAAUAUAAACAACAAUUGAAGAAUAAAUAAUUAACUAAUGACUGUGUACACAAAUACAUUCUUAAAAAUGUAAAGUUAAAUCACUUGGAGGAUGCAGACAUUUUAUAAUUAAAAAAAAAUUGGAAUCUUUUAUUUAUCAACUUCACAAAUAGAUCAACACAUUUGUAUAUUUAAUGAGACUGUAUAUGUGAACACAAUUGUUAAUCAGUUACACUCAGGUACUUAUUGAACGAUCAUCAAUGAAUAACAUUAUCUUAAAUAUAACAAACAAACUCAGGAAACCAGAAGCAGUCAGGCCGUGAUAUAUUAAUAAUAAUUAGUAGAACAGUUUUUCCUAUUUUCUUUAUUGCUUUUACUAUUUUUUUUUUAUUAACUAUUUUCAUUUUUACCAGCAGAUUUUACCAGGGAUGAAGAGAUAAAAUAUUAUAUACAUAUAAUACCAUAGCUACCUCCGUAUAAUAUAUAAAUAUCAAUUUUUUUUACUGAUUCAAAUUGUUAUUAAUCGAUUACUGACCCUUUUUACAGAUUAUAAAGUCCGAUUAUAAAAAAAAAGAAAACUAUAAAUAAUUAAUAAUGAAUGAGUUUUAAUUAUAAAACCGCACAGCAGACAACAAUAAUUAAUUUUGUUGAAAUGGUAGGAUAAAAAACGAAUAACUCAUCAAGAUAGCAUUUUUUAUUAUAACAUUUACAAAGAAUACUUGAAAUAUAUCUACUUCCACUGAUUAGUUAAUAAGAUAUAAUUAAUAAAAAUACGAAAUAUACGAGCAAUAAAUGAAUAAUGAUGAUAAUAAUAAUAAUAAUAAUAGUAAUAAUAUCAGAAUAUGUUCACAAUUGUUUGGAAAUAAUGGAAACAUUUGAUGUAAAAUGACAUUUAAAAGAAAAAAAAA